AUGACAGAGACUGAUCAGAAGGGUCCAUCAGGCCCCGCAACAGUCCCACCAAAGAAGUUGACACCAUUCUUUGAUGGAGUGUCAGCUGCAUUGGGCUCAACAGUAUCAAUUGCUGUAUUGCAACCAUUUGAUAUGUUGAAGGUUAGAUUGCAAGGCUCUGGUUAUGCGGCAACAGGUACAGUGGCAGCACCUAGACCAGGCCUCAUUGGUACAUUCUUCACAGUGCUUCGUAAUGAAGGACCUUCCCAAUUUUGGAGAGGCAUCGGACCCACUGUCAUUGCAAACAGUGUGGCAUGGGGCGUCUACAUGCACUUCUACGAGACCUUCAAGAACAUGCUCAAGAAGCAGACGGGCACAGAGACACUGCCAAUAUACAUGGGCUUCGGCGCGGGUGUGGCCGCCGGCAUGUCGCAGGUGUUCAUCACCAAUCCAAUCUUCCUGAUCAAGACCAGGAUGCAGCUGCAGACGCCAGGCUCGCCCAGCUACUACACUGGCUUCAUCGACGGUCUGAGAAAGACAGUGACGGGCGAGGGAUUCUUUGGCUUGUACAAGGGUGUCGUGCCAGGUCUCUGGCUGACCUUCCACGGUGGCAUCCAGAUGUCCACAUACGACGAGAUCAAACAAUUCUUUUGUCGACGUGCUGGCGGCAAGCCCCUUGGCGAGCUGACCAAAACAGAGAUCUUCGCCGCUGGCUGUCUAUCCAAGUUCCUGGCCAGCACAUCGCUUUAUCCCUUCCAAGUGAUCAAGACUCGUCUCCAAGACGAGAGGAAUAUCCCAGGCAAGGACAAAGUUGUAUACACUGGCACGCUCGAUGUCGCCAGAAAGAUUUAUAGGUCUGAGGGAAUAUAUGGAUUCUAUCGCGGAGUGUUACCAAACACAAUGAAGGUCAUUCCAAACUCAUCGAUUACAUUGUUGGCCUUUGAAGAGAUCAAGAAGUUGAUGAUAAACUCUGGCAUUGGAUGCCAAUGA